GGUCAAGAUUGAUAAAAAAUAACUUUUAUUUUUUUCUGACCAAUUCUCCCAAGUAUUUAAGCCAGUUGGGGAAUCCCGUUUAAAGUUAGUUUGUGCCUAGACUUUGAUACUAAUUGAUUCAUUCCCCAUCAAAAAUCCCAUCGUCAUGUUGAAGAUUGUCCUUCUCGCCGCGCUCGUCGCCAUCACCGUGGCCGCUCCGCAAGGAGACGUCGCCAUCGUCCGGUCCGAAAACGACAACCAAGGAGACGGAAACUUCAACUGGGCUUUCGAAACAUCCGACGGAACGAAGGUCGAGCAAUCUGGGGCCUUGAAGGCUGGACCCUUGGAGGAUGGAACUAACGGCGAAUUCCAAACGAUGAAGGGGUCAUACAGCUCGGUUGCUGCUGAUGGUCGUAACAUCAUCGUCACUUAUGAGGCUGAUGAGCGAGGAUACCGUGCCAAGACGACUUAUGCUUAAGAAAAUUGUCAAAAUUUAUAGUCGUCUGAUUUGUCUUUACAAAUAAAAUUAUCCGUUCCCCCGUUUAAA